CCCCAUGACUGAACAGUGAAUCUGAAAGUAAACUGGUGUUUGCAGUGUGCUGCUUUAUGUGUCUGCAGUCUGACUGAGGAUCAGAUCUAACCGGAUUUUGCAGGAUGAAGAUUCUGCUGCUCCUCUUACUCAUUUCCCAGCAUGCCACAGCAGUGGAGGUGUAUGAGGGGGCUGAGUCUGCGCUGCUGCCCUGUCAGCUACUAGCUGCUCCCAGUGAGUUCACAGCAGCAGUGUGGGAUCGCAGCGACCUCAACAUCCCAACAUUCCAUUUUCGUGUGAAGAGUGGUGAUGAUUUGGAUGACCAAAACCAGCGUUACACCAACCGAACAUCAAUGAGUGCUGAUGCUCUGCAAACUGGAAACCUCAGCCUCACUCUGAGAAACCCGACAGUCUCUGACAGUGGAACCUACACCUGCAUCCUCCGCAUCACUGGACGAGAUGUGAGCUGGACUUACUUACAACUGAAGGUCACAGAACCUCCUCCUCCACCUCCUCCAGUCUGGCCCAAAGUUCUCUCAGCUGUCUUGGUUCCUGUGGUUGUCCUGGCUAUUUGCUGUGGUAUCGGCAUGUUUUGUGGAUAUAAAAGGCUGAAAAAUAAAGAAGUUCAAGAGGUGGAGGUGGACACAGGCGUGACGUCUGCCAAGCUGCCCUGCAAAGCCACAGUUCAGCUGUCUCAAAUAAAUAAGGUUGUGUGGAAGAACAGAAAUAACAGGAACGUCCAUGUGUAUGAGAACGGCUCUGACCAUCCAGAAAAACAGGAUCGACAUUACAGACACCGAACAGAAAUGAAUGAAGACCCGCUGAAGACUGGAGACCUCAGUCUGACACUGAAAUACCCCACACACACAGCCAGAGACACCUACACCUGCACCGUCUACAGCAGCGAGGGAGAAGUCCUGAUGGAGAAAAAAGUGGAGCUGAAAGUCAAAGAAUGUAAGCUGGAGGUGGUGGAGGGGGCUGAGUCUGUUUGUCUGCCCUUUCAAACCACAGAAAACUUGCCUGGAGACACUGAAGUGUUGUGGAAACGCCAUGAACCCGAAUACAUGAAGGUCCACGUGUAUGAGAACGGCUCUGACCAGCCUGACAAACAGGACGACCAUUACAAAGGUCGCACUAAGAUGAAUGAUGACCCACUGACAUCUGGAAACCUCAGUCUGACCCUGAAAGACCCCAAAGUGGGAGACAGUGGGAAAUACGGCUGUCAGGUCAACAGCAAGGAGGCCUGGAGAUAUAAGAGGUUGUGGCUCACAGUCACAGAGAAUAAUCAGGCCAAGACACACACAGAAGACACCAGGAUCAGCCCCACUGAUCAUUUAGUUUGAUAUGUUUGUUUGAUUAUUGAUCUGAUCUGUACGAUUUAUACAUUAGUCUAUAUAAAAUAUUCAUUGAACUAAUAUACCCAAGAAUUCAUGUAAUAAACUGCAUUUAUAGAUCCAUUUUCCUCUUCUUACCCAAUUCAGAUUCAGGAGGGUGUCGUGGCAGAUUUCUUUUCUUAUGUAUUGAUCACUUUAGUAAUUGCAAUAUCACUUUCACACUUAGUUAUAUGCAAUUAGAGUAACACCUCAAAUGGGCCUUAUGGUAUAUCAUACACAUACACACAGUGGGGCCAUUGUAAGUUGAUGGCAGACAAGGUCAUAAGGAAAGAAAACAAGAUGAUCAUUCUCUCUGUGAGGAGGAAAGUUUUAAGGAUGGGGCUGAAGGUAUAGGAAAGUAUCUCUCUCCUUUUAGGGAAUCUUGUUGCAGAGGUCAUCUUAUGAUAUGAUGCCAUAAAUCAAAUUUCAAAAAAGUUGGGAUGCUGGAUUAAAACAACAAUUAAUGCAAUGAUUUGAAAUUUUGCCAUGAUUCAGCAAGGUUAAACAUUGUUUUCCACAACUGAAAUAACUCAAACUCUACUAAAUUAACUGUAAACUUUGAGUUAUUAUUCCGAUUCUCCAUUUGAAGCUCAGCAGGCUGUCAACCUACAUAAACUGAGUUGUUAAAAUGUGAUAGGCUCUCUAAAUAUUUGCGUUACCAAGAAAAUUGCCUGAUCUAAUGAUGUUACUGGAAGUGAAGAUAAAAUGAUUAUGUACAAUUUUUAUUUGUUUCUUGAUAAUUAAACAUACUACUGUCAACUGAGAAUAAAUUGACUCAAUUCAAAUGUCCCAA